AUGUCGAAUUCAACAAACACAGAAAAAGACCUAAUACCUCUGGUUGCUCCGCUCAACACUUUAAAUUACAUCCAUCAAGAUCAGAAGCUUAUUGAUAAGCAGAUGACAACCACUCAAGCUUAUCAAUUGAUGACAAGCAACGUACCUUUGUGGUUGGAUACGGCAUUCAAAACAAGAGAUUUUCUUAGUAAGUGGUUGGGUGGGAUACAGUCGAUUAAGGGUUUUGAGGGUUCUGCGAAGCCGCUAAAAGUAGGCGAUAAAGCAGAUUUCUUCGACGUUGUCAAAGUGUCGGAUGAUGAACUAUUUUUGAAGUCUACUGACAAGCAUUUAAGUGUAUUGGUAGCAUUGCAAAUCAAGAACCACGAUGACCUGAGAAAUGAAUUCAGAAUAGCCACCAGUGUGGUUACCUACAAUUUUUUUGGCAGGGUGUACAUGCUGCCUGUGUCUAUGGCACAUGGCUUUAUUGUUAGGUCCAUGUUGGAUAAACUCGAGCCCAUUUGA